CCCACGUUGUGCCCGGAUAGGCUGGAGUAACUCACCGCUUCCUCAACGCGGGAAGUCAAAAUAUCUAUUUUAUUUUGUAAGCAGGUUUAUACUGCUUUUACGAAUAAAAUAUAAAAAACUCAACAGCAGAUACAGACGUUCUCUGACUUCCGGUAAUGAAUAGUGACUACUGUAAAAGAGUAAAUGAGCAUGAAAGCUAACUAACCAGCUAGCUAAGUUAAAAUGACUCAUUGCAGCAGCUGUUGCUUAUAAUAAAUAAAGUUUGAACAACCCACAUGUGAUUACUGAAAGCAUUCAUUCCGUAUUUUACUGAAAAUAGCCACAUAUGGAACACUGUAAUGGGAAAGAAGACCAAGAGCACACAACCAGUAUGUGUUUUGGACAGUACCAGUACACUGCUGGGGAGUACCAGGCCAUUCAGAAUGCUCUUCGACAGAAGCUCGGACCUGAGUACAUUAGCUCUCGGCAGGCAGGAGGAGGUCAAAAGGUGUGCUACAUUGAGGGUCACAGGGUUAUCAGUCUGGCUAAUGAAAUGUUUGGCUACAAUGGCUGGUCUCACUCAAUUUCUCAACAAAAUGUUGACUUUGUAGACCUGAUUAACGGGAAAUUCUACGUCGGCGUCAGUGCAUUUGUGAAAGUUCAACUGAAGGAUGGAGCAUUCCAUGAAGAUGUGGGCUACGGAGUAAGCGAGGGUCUCAAAUCGAAAGCGCUGUCUCUGGAGAAGGCGAGGAAAGAGGCUGUUACAGAUGGGCUAAAACGAGCACUGAAGUGCUUUGGAAAUGCUCUUGGAAACUGCAUCCUUAACAAGGAGUAUCUGAUGGCAGUCAACAAGAUCCCAAAGCAGCCUCCUUCACCUUUAGACCCAAACAAGACGAAGCGCAGUGAUAAUGAGCCAGCAGUGGAGAAAGCUCGCUACGACAGCCUGUCCCGUACUGACUCCAGGGCUUCCAGUAAAGAGAGAACUGAAGCAGUACUGGACUCUUCGUCAGUACAGACUGGAAUCCAGCUAGUGCCAGCAGUGCCACAGAACACUAUGAGCUCCAGGAACCCAAUCCCAAAUAUGACAUCAGAUUUAGUCAACACUUUGGCUCAGCAGGACUGUGAAAAUGGGUCCACUAACAUGUCCAGAUCAUCAGCGGACAUGGCUGACUUAUCCUGCUAUGACCCUACGCUGGACUCCAAGCAGCAGAGAAAGCUGAGGCAGCAGCAGCUGCAGCAGAAGUUCAGACAGGAGAUGGAGGCUAAGAGGAUGCAGCAGGGAAAUGUGCAUGCAAAGACUGAACCCACAGUGUCUCAUUCUAACGGAGGCCAGGCUUUGGGUCCCAUUAACCACAGCACACCUGGACAUGGAAUGCUCUUUAAGAAGGAGGAAAAUAUGACUGAUGACCCAGAGUUAUGGAACUUUACUCUGGAUGGCAUUGAUAUGCUUGAUGAUCCAGGGAAAGAAUCAUCAGGGCUGUCUCGUCCUGCCACACCGAGCGAACAUGCGAUGGUGACACGUAGUAGAACUCCUCAGAGAUCUACUUCACUGAGGCCACCACUUCGGUCGCACGACAAUCAAGUUCAGCAAAGGCAAGGAGUACCCACAAAUGAUAUACACAAUAAUUCAACAGCUCAGAGUACAGCUAGAGGACCAGGCCAGAGCCCACACCGACAGGGACAGUACAUGAAGAAAAGGAAGCUUGAACCUUGAAAUAGACAUUAUGUAUUUUGAAUUUAAUUUAUUGCAUGUUUUAUUUGUACAGAAUUGUUGGUGUUAAAUAUUCAAUGCUGCUCAAAUUGUUACUGAACAUACAACCCCUUAUAAUGGAAAAAUGUUCCAUGUUACAAUCUACAUUCAGAGUUUCUGUAGCCUUUAUCUUAAACACAUUAAUAAAAAAAUUUUCCAUAUGAA